AUGGUAUUGGGAUUGCGACACAUGUCUCAUUAUUUACCUCCUAUCGCCGCCUUUCUUUCCGAUAAAUUUUGUUUUCCUAUCGACGAGCCAAACAGUAAGAUUUUCUCGCACUAUAUCUCAAAAGAUUUUCCCGAGAAAAAAAGAAAAGAAAAAGGAAUGGACUCCACGCCAGUGAAUUGGGAAGCACUCGACGCUCUUAUCAUCGACUUUGCCAAAUCGGAGAAUCUGAUUGAAUACUCAUUCUCCGCUUCGUCUCCGCCUUCUUCUCCUUCUUCUUCUUCGUCUUGUUCUUAUUCUUCUUCUUCGUCGCUGUCCUCUUCGUCUUACUAUUCGAGGUUGAUCAUUUGGAAGAUCAGACGGUCUUUGGAGGCCGGUGACAUUGACGCCGCCAUCGAUCUCCUACGUGCCCACGCACCGUUCGUCCUCGACGAUCAUCGCCUUCUCCUCCGGUUACAGAAGCAGAAAUUUAUUGAGCUGUUGAGGAAAGGGACUGCCGAAGAUCGUGACUCUGCAAUUUCUUGCAUGAGGACAGCUCUCGCGCCUUGUGCUCUUGAUGCGUCCCCGGAAGCAUAUGACGAAUUCAAGCAUGUUCUUCUUGCCUUUAUAUAUGACAAAUACGAUCUAACUUCUCCAGUGGCAAAUGAGUGGUCAGAAAGGAGGAGAUUUGAAAUUGCUGGAUUGAUGUCCUCUGUCUUAAGAGCUCAUUUACAUGCAUACGAUCCGGUCUUUUCGAUGACGUUGAGAUACUUGAUAAGCAUACAUAAAGGAUAUUGCCUUCGUCAAGGUGUUGUAUCACCCAUUUCAGAUCUUACUCAAAGGUUACUCCUUGAAGAACGCGACCCCCCUGCAACACCACAGGAGAGUUUGUAUGAAGCACCUCCUUUUGACGAGGUGGAUGUGCAAGCUCUUGUACAUGCUGUAGAGCUCACAAGACAAGGGGCGGUUGAUAGCUUGAGAUUUUCUAAGGGUGAUUUAUUUCUGGCAUUUCAGAAUGAAUUAUGCAGGAUGAAAUUGGAUGUUUCCAUGCUUGAUGAGCUUGUUUGUGAAUAUUGUGUUUAUAGGGGAAUUGUGGAUUCUGGCAUGACAUCCACUUCUGAAAUGCAAAUGGUUUCCCAACCUAAAGUUAAUCACCCAGAGCCUCGGUGUAGUUCAUCAAGAAAUUGUUCUCUUGAAGUGGAUUCUGGUGCCAAUAAACAUUCAGAUGGUGAGACCUCAGUAAAUAAUACUCGCAUGGAUGGUUCUCCUGAAAACAAUGCCGAUGUGUCUAGCAUGCAAGGAAUGGAUGUUGAGUUACGAUAUGCUUGCGAGCCAACCAGCAACCAAGAAGACUGUAGCACCAGUGGAUUGCAUCAGCCUGAAAAUCCAAGUGUUCUGCAGAGGCAUAGAACCCUCAGAACUGGAGAGAGGAGUAAACGCAAGCGAUGGAGGGGAAGACAUGAUGAUCAAGAUUUUAGUUAUGGUGUUCCUUUUGACGAAUGCAGUAAGCAAGAGCUUUGCACAACUACCCUGGUUUCCGGCACAUGUAUCUCAAAGGAACAACAGGGCUCAGGAAAACACUCAAUAUUAGAUGUUAAUAGUAGGGAGGAUAAAUAUGAGAUUGUGCUGGGGAUGAAGGAACUAGCUAGCAAGGGAAUGGCUGCAGAGGUUGUGGAAGAAGUUAAUGCUAUGGACCCAAAUUUUUUUGUGCAAAAUCCUAUAUUGUUGUUCCAACUUAAGCAGGUUGAAUUCCUUAAGCUGGUCAGCUCUGGUGAUUAUUCCAGUGCUUUGAGGGUUGCGUGCUCCCAUUUAGGACCUUUAGCUGCCAGUGACCCUGCCUUGUUGAAACCCCUGAAGGAGACUUUGUUGGCAUUGCUUCGACCUAAUGAAGAUGCACUUGGGAAAGGCUUGCCUUUACAUGCCCUUUCAACUUCACUCCAGGUUGCAGUUGGGAGGAGGCUUGGUAUCGAAGAACCCCAGCUUAUGAAAAUAAUGAAAGCAACCCUUUACACUCAUAAUGAGUGGUUUAAACUUCAAAUGUGUAGAGAUCGGUUUGAAAAUCAUUUGAGGAUUGAUUCCUUGAAAGAAGUCAACACUCCCUUGCUCACUGCAGGUGCUACGUUGAAUUCAAAUGCCGAUACUUCCACCCUUGGAUCUUCUCAAGUUACAAUAUGUUCAAGCACCAAAAUUUCAGAAGAUGGUAGCAGUCCAACCCAAGCAUCAUCCAGAGAUGUUGUCUGCGAUGAAAAUGCAAUUCUUAAAGUAAUGGAGUUUCUCGCUUUGCCGAGGGCAGACGCGAUCCAUCUUCUUGUACAGUAUAAUGGAAAUGCCGAGAUGGUCAUUCAGCAAAUAUUUGCGUAGUUAGGAGUGUAAAAGCCGUACUAAAGCUGAAUAUAUUUGUUUAUUUAUGGAUAUUAUUUGAUUCAAUUCGUGCGAUACAUUUCCAUUUUAAAAUGCAGUUGCAAGGGUCAAUCCUCGCAUAAUAAUAGUACGAAUAUGUCUGCUUCUUA